AUUUUGUACAAUGCGAUCGUAAUAACAUGGCAGCUCUGUGGGUCUGAGAACAACUGUAAUUUUUAAUGACGUCAUUACUGAAACCAACUUCAAAACGAUUACAGCAUCAUUCAGACAGCAUUAUUUAUCAUAUUAUUGUAAUUUGUUCAAAUAACUUUAACGAUAAUAUACUAUAAAAAUACGAAGCUACCAGUGGAUAUAUAAAAGUCAAAUAUUUUCAAAAUUUUGAGGAAUAUAGUGAAUAACGAAAAAAUGAUUAGUUGUAAAGAUAUUGAUAAAUCUUCUAAUAUCGUUAAAACAUUAACAGCAUCGUCAAUUUUACGUAAAAAUAAUCAACGAUACUCGUCCAAUAAAAAUAUGUUGGAAGAACAAAAUACACGAGAGCGCGCACGCGCGCAUGCGUAUCUCGAGGAGAAACAAAUUUCAAAGCUCUUCAAUUUUCUAAUUGGUCAUCUUCUCGUAGAGGAAUCACCUGAUCCAAUUCAAUACCUCGAAAAACUUCUUAAGGAAUGUAUAUUGUACAGAUCAGGCGUGAAAAAGCCACCAUUAUUAUUUAAAACAAGGCAUAUUCGAAGUAUAUUUCGAUCGCUUGGUCCAGACGAUUGCAAUACUAUUUCUUUAAAUAAAUAUACAACAGGUAUGACCAUAUUAGGAAUCUGUGAUUACGAACAAAAUCCUUUCGAGUGUAUACCUGGACACGUUGACUGGCAUACGUUUAGAAAAGAAGCGAGGCGAUGUUUGGACAAAGCUCUUGACGAUAUGAUUGGCAAAGAAAGAAAUGACAUAUCGUAGAAAAAAAAAUGAUCAUGCUAUUUAUAUUCUUUGCAUAAAAACAUAAAAAAUUGUAAUUAAAAAAAUUCGAUUGAAACCUGCCAAUUCAAACGUAUUUAAAUCAAUCGGAACUAUUUCCAAAUUUCUCUGCUUGGUGGCGCACUUCGUGGAAUAUAAACCUCUUUCCCCCCCAUACCAACCUUGCACGUCAGUUAGAUUAGUCGUGUGCAGCGCGCAAGUAGUAGUAUUGGAUGCCAUUGUUGCAAGUUGCUCUGUCGAGUGAACUUGCGUCUGUAUUUGCACGUAAGACAAUUAUUAUAUACAAAGUAACGAAGGAUAUUUAUUUGAGAAGAGACAACGAAUAACGUAUGGAGAAAGAAGACAAGUUUUAUCGCAGACGCAGUUUCGAUAAUUUCAUAAUAACCAAGCGUACUUAUAAAAGCAAGAAACACAUCUUUCUCGAUUGUAUUGUACGCAAUACACACGUGUGUUUGCCUCGAGCUCGAUAGCUAUACUAUACAUAUACACAAUGCGAUGUGAUCGCCGAUGAUACGCAACGAAAUCAUAAAGAAAUUCUUUCGCGCGUCAGCGAACACUGAACAAGCAUUCGAAAAGAAGGCAACGACUCUUGAGAGAGAGAAAAA